AUGGACGUCUUGGGUUUGAAUCUCUCAAACCCGAGCCAACAGAAGACGACCAAUGCUCAUCCAUACACUUCAUCGGUCGCGUCUUCCGCCUCUUCCUCUGCCUCCUCGAUCUUCUCCUUGGACUGCGUAUCUUCACAGAGCUCAAUCUCUUCGUCGUCAACCAAUGCCGUAGAUGUCAUUUGGGAGAACGACGUGACAGGGGAAAGCCAGGCAGCUGGUCGAGGUUUGCCUCAUCCAAGUGAAUCUACUUCCCGUUCUUCUCGAGGUGGAAUUAGAGGAUGUGCUCCUAAAGUUGCUGACCCUGCCGUGCCGCCGGAGUUGCGGAAGCACCCUCGACGCACAAACAGUUCUGUUGCCCCGUCGAACGGAGCUCCCGCAUCCUGCCCUCGGCCGCUGCCAUCGCUCGUGCGUCAGUGUGACCGCAAGAUCGUUGAGACCAUAUGGCCUCUGUCCGGGGUUGCUCUUCGGAGCGAUUCCUCCCUUGGGUGUAAGGGCGUUCUACCCCUUCGCACUUUCAUUCAAGAAACGUUGCGAAGGUCUCGUACUAGCUAUAGCACCCUGCAGGUCGCACUAUACUAUCUCAUCAAGAUCAAAUCGCACGUCCCGAAACAUGAUUUUACCAUGGAGCAACCUCGUGAUAAGCCGGUUGCCCGGGCGAUGCAAUGCGGUAGACGCAUGUUUCUGGCAGCCCUGAUUCUUGCAUCCAAAUACUUACAAGACCGGAACUAUUCCGCCCGGGCUUGGAGCAAGAUCUCGGGUCUCAACACGCUGGAAAUUAACCAGAACGAAUUGAUGUUCCUGGAAGCGGUGGAUUGGAAGCUGCACAUUCCAGAAGCUAUCUACCAGCGAUGGACGGACAUUGUCCUCAAGUUUACGCCCAGCGCGGGCAUCGCGCCUAGUGGAGAGUGCUGGCGGACAAUCAUCCCGAAGCUGACUCCGGAGUUGGAUACCGUCGACGUGGAGCCAUCUAGCCCCUCUGGCCUUUUUGGCUUCGAAAUGGUCUCCGCUGCUGAGUCUUCCUCGCCGCGCAGCUCGUCCGGACGCGAGGGUACGGCGACUGGCUUGCCGUCGUCGAAUGAGCAGACCCCGACCUGCUCUGGCAAUAUUCCUUUAACCCUAGAGCCUACGCCUCGCAUGGAAUGUCCGAACCCGACUCUGCCAGCCCUGCCCAAGCUUGGCCUGCUGCCCACGCCACAGAUGACACCACAGUCUAACGCUGCCGGUACUCCUGCUGCGAGUGCUGGUGGUGCCUGUUCUCGACGGCCGUCGAUCUGUGCAGCGAUCUCUCAGGCUCAGAAUAUGUGCAUGGCGCGCUCCACGCUUGAUCAACGCCCGUCAGCCGUGUUCUGUAACAAACCCGGAAACCCGGACGGUUAUCCGUCUCUGGUUCGCCGCUCUUCUCUCGCGCGAUCCACCUCUUCUGCCUCGUCUCCUGAGUCGAUGGUCUCCGACGUCUCGACGAUCUCCUCUCGCUCGUCAAGAUCUUCGUCAAUCUCUUCGUGCGCAUCUGGGACUUGCGCGCCACUUCAGCCUCGAUUGGCUGUCACGGCGACUCGUCGUUGCGCCACCAACUCCCUGAAAGAGUGCAGAAAGAACUUGGCGAUUGCGUCACCAAUCGACGAGACAUCAUUUGGGGACAUCUAUAGUUCCCCGGACACUGACACAGGGGCGACUGGCUCAGUGCCCGAUCUGUCCAACUUCUCUCUCGACACUCCGGUCGACCUCAGCGCUUCUGCUCAGGAAGCCGCCCAAGGUCUCUGUGAGCUGUCUGGAGCUGUCCCACGCUCUAACCCCACGCCGGAGCCUCCUCGUGAGUCCAGACGAUGCAGGAAACGAGGUCGGACAACGUCAGAAGACCAUCCGUUACAGAGUAAUGUUCGCCAGCUGAUGGCGUUGCACGCGGUUCAAGACAAUGGGGUCGUCCUGCCGGACCAGAGCGUUGCGGAUUCGUUCCUGGUUCCUCAAGCUAAGGGACUGCAGUCUCCACUAGAUGGUCAGUUGAGCUCCAUGAAGCUGCCUGUCCAGCUGCCCAGCCAAAAAGGCACGGGCGGCACCAAGCGUGCUUGCUGCAGCACGGAAGUUCGCAGAGUGGCUCUCGAUGCCGGUGGUCAGGCCGAUUUCAUGAACUGA